AUGAGUGAUUCCGGUGGUGUGUCUAACGAUGUUGAAAUCGUACAAAGUAACAGAAGGUUACAUUUUACUAAUUCGAUAUGGUUUCUACUGGGAACAAUAACAACAUUUGGCAUAGUAAUGUCAGCAAUUGCUGCUAGGGUUUACUCGGGCGUGCUUGAAAUCCAACCCGAGCGGUCUACAGAAUUUGCGUCUAAUUCACUCACAAUUGCAUUACUAACCUCAAGUUCCGGUGUUUCAAUCGCGUUCUUGUUCUUUCCACUUAAUAUAUUACUGAUUUUCAUCUCCCUGACAGUGUCAUUUGCGACAGUUUACUGCACACUUCUGAACACACUACUGAAAAUUUUCAAGAGUAAAUUGUUCUUUCAUUUAGCCACUGAAAUCGGCUGCAUAUUCCUGGGCAUUAUAGAUUUAAUUGGAAUCACAUCUGUAAACGACAAAUUCAUACCCGGAAAUAAAGUUCACAAGAUGCUGUCAUAUCAAAUUGGCAGACCAAUUGGAUAUCUCCUAGUGCUAAUUAUUGUUAUUUUCAUGAAAAUCAAUUCGUUCAGAGGUAGAGAAACCCGUUUUCUACAAGAAUCUGAUGUCCUUAUGACAUAUCAGAUGAUGAUACUACUUUUACUCGGGAUACCAAUCCUAAUGGUAAUGUCAAACUACCACUUGAAAUCUAAUGAUAAGCAGCGAAAGUGGCGUUCAGCAAGCAGAUUUAACUCUUGGAAAACGUGGAUGAAGGGGCUACACAUGUACCAAUGCAUCUACGCAUACGCAAUUCUAUUAAUCAUCAUCGAAUCCUCCGAAGGAUUCUUCAAUUCCUCCAUACUAAUGUAUUUGACGGAUCAGUUUCCCUAUUUUAAGACUGAGUUGAAGACGUUGGUAAUAGUCGUUUUACACCAAGUUUUUGACUUGAUUGGCCGGUGUAUUCCAGCGAUACUGCAAGAAAUCAUGGGGAAAUACAAUUUAUUCCUGUUUCGGAUACGUUCAUAUGACGAGGAGAGUGGUCCUGGAAAGUCAUAUUUAGACUCAAAUUGUCACUUAGAAGAAGAAAAAAUUGACCUUAAAAGUACUCAAACUUAUACAAUUAGUAAAUGUGUUAUUACUGUUCUGGUUGGUGUUAGGGUUUUACUACUCCUUUGCAUAUUCUUCAAAAGACAUUUUGACUCUCAAUUCCCCAAUUUUAUGAACAGUUUCCCAGCCGUAAUACUGAUUACAAUGUAUAACUCUCUGGUAAGAGGAGCGGUAGUCUCCCUAGUUUACACGCAGUUGUGUUUGGUAGUGGAGAGAAAUGGUCCUGUAACACCUGAUGAGCAGGAGUUUAAAGCUGAAUCUACCAGCAAUUACUGCAGGAAGAUUGAACUUGUGGAUCCAGACUUGAUGAUAAGUUUAAUAAUUGCAGCUUUUAGAGUUCUUGAAACUGUGCCAUUUGUAUUCUGGACUUACAUCGGAUUCAAGUAUAACAGUGUGUUAAUGGACUGUGAGCUGUAUUACCAACGCCAUGAACACUGGCCUACCGACGCGCUGGAAUCGGACUUUGACAGGUUUAUCUGGUGGAUCACACUCAUAAUCAGUAAAAUCCUAAGAGAUAUCUGCAACCCAUUUGGACGCCUAUAA